AUGUCCAAUAUUUAUCCCCAUCAGGCUGCUCAAGCCACAGGAAGAAGUGCUGAUCUGCAACUAUUUACUGUUUGGAAGAAAGCUUUCCUUUUCAGUGGCACCGGUUUUACAGUGUUCGAUUCAUCUGGUAACCUUGUCUUGAGGGUAGAAGACUACACUCCCACCGUCAAACGCCAAUUGCUUGUGAUGGAUGCUUCUGGAAAUCCACUUCUCCUACUACGCCGCAAGGUAAUGAGUCUGCACCACAGAUGGGAAGGCUUCAUCUGCAAAGAAAAGGGCAAAUUGUGGGUGUUCACCAUCAAGAGAUCCUCCAUUAUAUCUGCUACAACAUCUGUCGAUGUAUUUCUUACUUCUUCUAAUACUAACUCCUUGGGAAGGCGGUUUGAUUACCACAUUGAGGGAUCCUUCAGAGAGCGCUCCUGCGCAAUUUAUAACCGCUCACGCAGUAUGGUGGCACAGGUGAAGCGGAAAAAAAGCUGUGAUAUGUUGUUGGAAAAGGACGUAUUUAGUGUGGAAAUCUAUCGUAAUUUUGAUCCAGCUUUGAUUAUGAGUUGGAUUGCGGUGGUUGAUCAUAUUAAUAGUGAAGAUCUUCGUGUUGUUACACAGGCGGCACUGUACUGCACAUUCAGAUCCUAUCAAUUGCUUAAGAUAGUCGAUAUGAAGAGAAAAGGGGAUUGCAUUGCCAAGGGAGUUCCUGUUAAGGAAGCUUCUGCUCACAACAAAACUUUCCAACAUGAAGCGAUGAAUGCCUGCAUAAUCCACAGUUAA